AUUAGCAUUUGAUGACGAGUCCCCACUGCCAGUCACUGUAUCUUGCCUCAAGUCAUGACAUCUGAAGCUCAACAACAACCCACGAACUCUAAUAGCACUCGGCAUCCAACGGCGAUAGUACACCAACGUGCCUUCCAUGCUGCCGCUUCAGAUCAUGCCGUCCUUCAGAUCAUACAGAUAUGGCAGGAUAGACUGCAGCUCAUAAGUGUCGUCGCUAGCUUUUUCACUUCUAUUGAUAGCAUCCUUCUUUCUCUCGUCUCUGCUCAGCGAGAUCAUAAAAGUACGGAUGGCAAGCUCAUGGACGCGACCAUAGCUGGCGCUCUAAUUUUUCAUGCUGGUGCUGCUUUUACCGCUUCUUUUGUCUUGAUCCGCUAUAAACUCAAUGACGCAAAGAAUGCACCCGCAUCGCCCUCUCCUUCGCCGUCUAACGCUGCUUUUUAUUCCACCAACGACAAACAGGAAGAUACCAAUAACAUCAACGACAUCUCCACCACCUCGACAUGGCCUUUUUUCUCUGUACCCCAUCGCUCGCCAGCCCAUCCCACGUCUGGACCUACCUCGCCGGCCCCGCUGCCUUUCCCUCUUUCCCUUCUGUCACACGCAACGGAUCUUCUCAAUGCCAUCACGCUCACGCUCGGCUUUGGUUCUCGCAUAUCUGUCUCCCGCGUGCACAUCUUCACGCUCCCUUGGCGCCAGCAAGACCCUUCGCGCGACCUACCAGACGAGGGCGCGGGCGACCCAGACAGUGACAAAGGCGCGGUGGAGCUAACACGCCUUCUCACGCGCUGCCACGCCGCAUGUACAGCGUUCUCGCUUGCGGGGUUUGUACUACUCAUCGUGGGCGUGCUCGCAUACGUGUGGGAAGUGCUGGCUCGGAGCGUGAGUAUAUUCGUGAGCUGCUGUGUGGGCCUGGUUGCUUUUGUGUGGGUUGUCGCAUUGCACUGAGGAGCGCGGGGCGGAGAGUUGCUGCUGGAAGGGGCAUGGGGGCUUUCUUGAUGCGUUACGAUGCGCUUGAUGAUAAACAUGCAGCUGUCCAUUUCCUUAUUUCUUUCUAUCCGCUUUCAGGGUUUUGGGAGUUCUGCAAGCAUAUAUACCUCUAUACCAAACAAUACCACGCCAACACCCGUCCAUAUAGGCGGGCCCUGUUUCAGAACUAAGUACCAGUGUAUCUUUCUUGUACAAAACAGAAAAUUCGCAUGUCUUAUUGCU